AUGGCGGUAAUGCUCGCACAAAAAGAGACGCUUCCACAAUGGCUCACUCGUCAUGUAGGUCCCAAUCUUCUUGAAGACAAAGAAAAGCCAGGAGACUUUUACAAUUGGUUUGGAAAGUAUCUCAAGCAGCUCAAGCCAAGUGCGAUCGUGGUAAUCAGUGCCCAUUGGCAAGGACAGGGCAAGAACGGCAUUUUUGUGGACACAUCCGAAAAGCCAGAGUUGAUCUACGACUUUUACAACUUCCCUCAACGAUAUUAUGAGCAAACCUGGGAUCAUCAAGGAUCACCUCUUGUUGCUGAGAAAGUCAUUGGAUUAUUGAACCAGGCUGGGAUUAAGGCGACGGGACAACAAUAUGGCAACGAUCACGGUGUAUGGGUGCCCUUGAAGCGAGCUAUGCAAUCCAAUAAGGAUAUUCCUAUUGUUGAAGUAUCUACUUUUGGACAUGAAGAUAUGGCAAUGCACACGAAGAUGGGUGAGGCACUUGCUCCUCUCAGAGACGAGAAUAUUGUGAUCAUCGGCAGUGGCAGUGCAGUACACAACCUACGUGGUCUUUGGUCUUUUGCUGGAAAACCUACCCCAUCAUUUGUCGUUGACUUUGACAAGCAAAUGGAGAAAUUAGCUUGUACUCAAAUUGGCGAUGCACGUAAGCAAGAAGCAUGUUUGCUUGAUAGACAUCCUCAUUUUCGUGAAUGCCAUCCCACCGCUGAGCAUUUGGUUCCUUUCCAUGUGGCACUUGGUGCAGCAGGCGAUGAUGAAGCUAUCAAACUUUUGGAGGAUUAUUUUUGUACACUUGGUUGGGGAUCAUACGGCUUUGGUCUUUCCAAGGAUGUCACCUUGCCAAAAUACAACAAUCAGACGCUUUCCUUUUCUCGGGACGAGUUAUAA